GAAGAGGAGCUUCCCCACUGCAGCCAACUGCCAGGAGGUGGUGCUGCUCUGAAGAGCCCAUUGCCUAGGUUACUGGCUUAAGCUGACAGCUUGGUACUACAGAGGGAUCCCCAGCAGGAGGCAGACAUCCCUCCAUUGUCUUCCCAGCCCAGUUACACACCCGACUCUGGCCUGGUGAAAGAGCCAAGUCUUAGAAGAGGUUGCUGGCACUGUGUCUCUCCCCAGCAACUGAUGAUGUUAAACCAUACACUUCUGUGAUUGGUUUAACCAAGUGAUAAAGGCAACUAUUGGAAAUAGCUGGUGGAACAUGAUCUGGGGAAGGAGUUCGGGGCCCUGGGUCAGCUGGUUGGUAGGUCUUAGCCCAUGGUGUGGUGUGAAGAUAUGGAUCAUGAGCAGAGGCAGGGAGCUGCACUGCUAAGGCUGUUACACCUCCUGUGGCUGCUGCCGUACUCCUGGACCGCCCCUGAAGCUCCUACUCUAGCAUGGCGGGAUGAACUGCAAAACCACACGUUCUUGCACACGAUGUACUGCCAGAACUGGAGUCCCAGCAUCGGACUCUUGGAAGCCUAUGAUGGGGACCAGCUUUUCUCCUUCAACUUUUCCCAGAACACUCGAGUGCCUCGCCUGCCUGAAUUUGCUGACUGGGCUCAGAAGUCUGGAGAUAUGCCCACCGUUUCCUUUGACAAAGCAUUCUGCCAAGCUAUGAUUGAGGAAAUAGGACCAAAACUUGAAGGGCAAAUCCCUGUGUCUAGAGGGUUUCCUAUGGUCGACGUGUUCACGUUGAAGCCCCUGGAGUUUGGCAAACCCAACAUGCUGGUCUGUUUUAUCAGUAAUCUCUUCCCACCCACGUUGACGGUGAACUGGUGGCAUCACUUGGACCCUGUGGAAGGAAUCGGGCCCACUUUUGUGUCCGCUGUUGAUGGAUUCAGCUUCCAGGCCUUUUCUUACUUAAACUUUACACCGGCACCCUCUGAUCUUUUCUCCUGCGUGGUGACUCAUGAGAUUGACAACUACACGGCAAUUGCCUAUUGGGUGCCCCAUGAUGCGCUGCCCUCUGAUCUUCUGGAGAAUGUGCUGUGUGGUAUAGCCUUUGGCCUGGGUAUGCUGGGCAUCGUUGUUGGCUUAGUCCUCAUCGUGUACUUCCGAAAGCCUUGCUCAUGAUUGAUAGUUCCUGACCAGAAUCUGGUGCCAGCAGGGUCAACCAUGCAUGCAGUGGGAACUCACGUUUCUGGCAUCCUGCCCAGGAUCUCCCUUUCUCAGAGCAGGAGUCCCCAGGAUGCCUCUGGGAGUGUAUGCGUGAGGAUGUGUACAAGUUUCUCAGCUGGGGCUCUACUGUGCCUGGACUUGCACCCAGGGGUACCCAGAACGGCUUACUUAUCACAACCACAUUCCUUCCCACUUCAGGGCAAUAAAUCUUAUUUCUUAAUA